AUGAUGGAGAAGGAGCCCCCCAACUCCAGCCAAGGCUGGCUCUCAGCCGGGAACGGCAGCGGCAGCUCCUUGGGUCUGGGGUCCGUGGUGCAGCCCCUCGCCCUGAACCCGUGGCACGUCGUGCUCUGCAUCUCGGGGACCGUCAUCUGCUGCGAGAACGCCGUGGUGGUGCUGGUCAUCUUCCACACGCCGGCUCUCCGCGCGCCGGCCUUCCUCCUGAUCGGCAGCCUGGCCGCCGCCGACCUGCUGGCGGGCGUGGGGCUGCUCCUGCGCUUCGCCUUCGCCCACCUCGUCCCCUCGGAGGCGGCCAGCCUGCUGACCGUGGGGCUGCUGGUCGCCUCCUUCACGGCCAGCGUCAGCAGCCUGCUGAGCAUCACCAUCGACCGCUACCUGUCCCUCCACGACGCCCUGAGCUACCGCUCGGAGAGGACGGUCGCCAGGACGCGCGUCAUGCUGCUCCUCACCUGGGGAGCCUCCGUCUGCUCCGGGCUGCUGCCCGUCGUGGGCUGGAACUGCCUGGAGGAGCCGUCGGCCUGCAGCGCGGUCCGGCCGCUGACCAGGAGCCACCUGGCCGCGCUGUCCGCGGCGCUGCUGGCCGCGCUGGCCGCCGUGCUCCAGCUCUACGUGCGGAUGUGCCGCGUGGCGUGCCGGCACGCCCGGCAGAUCGCCGUGCAGAGGCACUUGGUGGCCAGCUCCCAGGACGUGGUCGCCACGCCGGCCGUCAUCCUGGGCACGCUGGCGUCCUGCUGGCUGCCCUUCGCCCUCUACGGGCUGCUGGGGGACCGCAGCUCGCCGGCCCUCUACACCUACGCCACGCUGCUCCCUGCCACCUACAACUCGGUGCUGAACCCCGUCAUCUACGCCUUCAGGAACCAGGAGAUCCAGAAGGUUCUGUGGGCCGCGUGCUGCGGCUGCUGCUCCUCCUCGCCGCCCUUCCGCUCCCCCAGCGACGUCUGA